CUCAGGUCGCUUCACCUGCACCUAAUUAAGAACUUCCCCAGAAGUCAGCGUCCUCAGGACAGUUUUACGGAGGGAAACUGAGGCCCAGAGGGCCCGGGCUCAUCGCCCACCGAGGCAGCGAUCCGGCGGCUUCUUCGAGGAUGGCUUUGGACGGCCAAAAUGAGUCUGUUUGGAACAACCUCGGGUUUUGGAACUAGUGGGACCAGCAUGUUUGGCAGCACAAGCACAGAUAACCACAACCCUAUGAAGGAUAUUGAAGUAACAUCCUCUCCCGAUGACAGCAUUGGUUGUCUAUCUUUUAGCCCACCAACCUUGCCUGGGAACUUUCUUAUUGCAGGAUCAUGGGCUAAUGAUGUUCGCUGCUGGGAAGUUCAGGACAGUGGACAGACUAUUCCAAAAGCCCAGCAGAUGCACACGGGGCCUGUGUUAGAUGUCUGCUGGAGUGAUGAUGGGAGCAAAGUAUUUACAGCAUCAUGUGAUAAAACUGCCAAAAUGUGGGACCUCAAUAGUAAUCAAGCAAUACAGAUUGCACAGCAUGAUGCUCCUGUUAAAACCAUACAUUGGAUCAAAGCACCAAACUACAGCUGUGUGAUGACCGGGAGUUGGGAUAAGACUUUGAAGUUUUGGGAUACCCGAUCAUCAAAUCCUAUGAUGGUUUUGCAGCUCCCUGAAAGAUGUUACUGUGCUGACGUGAUCUACCCUAUGGCCGUGGUGGCAACUGCGGAGAGAGGACUGAUUGUCUACCAAUUAGAGAAUCAACCUUCUGAAUUCAGGAGGAUAGAGUCUCCGCUGAAACAUCAGCAUCGAUGCGUGGCAAUUUUUAAAGACAAACAGAACAAGCCGACUGGUUUUGCCCUGGGAAGCAUCGAGGGGAGGGUGGCUAUUCACUACAUCAACCCUCCCAAUCCUGCCAAAGAUAACUUUACCUUCAAAUGUCACCGCUCGAACGGAACCAAUACCUCAGCUCCUCAGGACAUCUACGCGGUAAAUGGGAUCGCGUUCCAUCCUGUCCAUGGCACCCUUGCAACUGUGGGAUCUGAUGGUAGAUUCAGCUUUUGGGACAAAGAUGCCAGAACAAAACUAAAAACUUCAGAACAGUUAGAUCAACCCAUAUCAGCUUGCUGCUUCAAUCACAAUGGAAACAUAUUUGCCUAUGCUUCCAGCUACGACUGGUCCAAGGGACAUGAGUUUUAUAAUCCCCAAAAGAAAAACUACAUUUUCCUGCGUAAUGCGGCUGAAGAGCUAAAACCCAGGAAUAAGAAGUAGUGGCGAGAGACUUCUGGGUUGUCCAGAGUUGUUUUCUCUCCACUCUGCCUCGUCUUUGUACGGAUCUGGGUCCCAGUGUUGGUAGGUUGUCAGCCCUGGACAUGGAUUUCAAGCCCUGGAGAAAACGACGUCUUGACCAGCAGUCAGGAGCCCAGACGGCCACAGUGACUGUCCGUCUCUCCAUUCCACUGCCCGUUACAGGUUGCUUCUGUAACUCCACAGGGACUGAAAUCAUAUAGAAGUUAGAUUCCUGUGGGCGACUGCCAGGUAUCUGCAGUGCUUCAUUCAGCCACGUACGUGUUAGACAGCAUUGGGCAACAUUCUAUGAACGCUGUACUGUAUUUUGUAAUAAAAUAUUUUGAAGAUUCCCUACUAAGCUCCCUUUGUGUGUCUCUCCCCUGGCCUGCCUCAUAAGCUCUGAAGUUGUCAUCCUGUUGAGCAGUGUCACAGGUUGUCAUUUGUGUUUUGAGCCCCCCUUAGAAAUGCAGCAGUCUUGCCCCUUAGCAGAGAAGGAAUCCUGAGCUGUGAUUCCUUCUACUACGUGGAGUGUCUAGCUGCAGCUUCACGCACAGGCAGGCAGAGUCUGAAUGUGUGUUUCUCUUGCUUCCUUCAUCUGUCUUUAACAUCCCCAGUGGUUUUUGGCUCUGCGGGGCAGAUCCUGGUGGCUGGAACGGGGCCUGUCCCGUGCGCUCAAGGGCAGGCCUUUGCAGGCAAGCCCAGGUGGGUGAUGUGUGGCUGGCAAGUUAGGACCUGAGCAUCCCCGCAUGAGAGGUGCUCUUAACUCCUGCCCCAGUACUGGUAAUUUAAAAAAAAUUUUCAUUAAAAUUCUUCACUGGUAAGUAUCUGAAAUGAAAUUCAGUUUAACAUUGGACUUUUGAGGCUCUUAUUGUGUUUUUACCCUGUGAUCUCAAAUGCUGCUUUAUACAUUACUGUUUGGGGGCUGGUGUAUAAACUAACUUGCUGAGUUUGGAAAUCUGGCUUUGAUAAUGCUGUAAGUUGUGUUUGCCUACUCAUGAAAAGCAAUGAAAAUAAAAUUUUCUACUGGAAGAGA